AUGGCUCAAGCAGUAGACGAUUAUUCCGUCUUCCUACGGGGAGAGGACUCUUACGACAACAACGACUGCGACUACUCUUCUGAUAUAGACGACUGGAAAUGGGAAGAAGGAAUGCGACUGAUUAAUGAAUUUGGCAAUUGGACCACCGGAAACACUUCUCUCGACAGCUACAUUCAAGAAACUCAACUAAUGAAUCCUGAUUGGCGUCAUCACAUGAAAUGGAUUCCCUUUGAACAAUUCUCUGAUAUCAAAUUCGUAAAGAAGGGCGGCUUUAGCACCGUCUAUUCUGCUACAUGGAUAAACAGCAGCAACCGAGUCUGGGAUGCUAAAAGAAAAACUUUUGUCGAGAAGCCACUUACCGUAGCUCUCAAAUCACUACACAACUCUCAAACACUCUCUCAGGACUUUAUCGAUGAGUUUAAACGCCACGGCAGUCUCAAGCUAGAGGGAAGCGGAUUCAUUGUCCAUUGUCAUGGAAUCACUCGCAACGAAGACAAUGAUGAAUACAUGUUGGUCAUGGACUAUGCAGAAGACGGCGACAUCCGCACAUACGCUCAACGUAACAUGGCAACAUUACGAUGGAACGACAUCAUAGACAUUCUAUGCAACAUUGCAAUGGGUCUCACCCAUAUUCACAAGAGUGGCUCGUUCCACAAAAAUCUUCACAGCGGCAACAUUCUCAAAUUCGCAACAGCCAACAUAGCCGACUUUAGUGUAUGCGGUCCAUCCGACCCGUCUGAACCACGUGGAAUAUAUGGAUCGCUACCAUUCGUUGCCCCCGAAGUACUCGCUGGAGAAAUGUUCUCACAAAAGGCAGACAUUUACAGUUUCGCUUUCAUCAUGUGGGAAUUGUCUUCCGGUCGUCCGCCGUUCGCAGAUCGUCCGCACGAUCAUUCUCUUGCCUUGGAGAUUUGUCGUGGGUUCAGAGAGGCUAUCGUUCCUGGCACUCCAUUGUUUUAUGAGAAAUUGAUGGCUCGAUGCUGGGACGCUAAUCCUGAAAAUCGACCUGACGUCGAGGAAAUAUUAGAGAUUCUGCUGGCGCCUUAUGAUUAUCAGCGAAUGUUGUUGGACAUGGGAGAGUUCACGGCAAGGAAUGUUAAUGAUUGCGACGACAUUGGUUCCUUUGAGAACAUGUUGGCAUCCCCGAUAACAAACGCACGAUUCCCAGCUGCACCUCCUGAAGUGCAUCUCUUUGCAACAUAUACAAGCAGAUUAUUGCUUUAUCCUAAUCUACCAACACCAACAAACAGAAGCUACGAUCCGCGACCAUCGAUAAGCUCGGUCAUAUCUUCCGAAGAAAUAAUCGAGGCUAUCGAUGAGACCGGUUUUGAGAAUGAUUUUGAAGAAUAUGAUACACAUCAGCCACCGCCUGAAUUAUCUGAUACAGACUAUGACGACGAAGACGAGGAAGACUCAUACGUAGCUCCACCCUCGCCCCCUCCGCUUUUCUUAAUGUCACGACGCAAAUCAAUUGCACCACCUCCACUCAUCCAAGCACAAUAA